AUGGCCCAAUUCCACUAUGAGUUCCGCACAUCCCGCACAAUCGACUACGCCAUCCUCACAGGCGCGGCAUGUCUCUCGACAUAUUGGUACCUACGACCUAUUCUGAACCCAGGUGAUCCCGUAAAACCGAGAAGAGUCAUUCGCUCCAAGGCCAGAGACGCAGCGGAGUUGGCGUUGACAGACACACCGUCAGGCUCGUCAGGCUGCCGUAGGAAAUUGGACCUUCCAUACCCCCCGGAUGUAUUUCCUGGUGGACGCACUGUAGAAACCGCGUACGGCAUAAUAAAAGUAUUUGAAUGGGGGCCAGAGCAUGGUGAAAAGGUGCUUUUGCUGCAUGGAAUUGGUACGCCGUGUGUUGCGUUGGGAGACAUGGCCAAGGAAUUUGUGAGGAAAGGGUGUAGGGUGAUGCUAUUUGACCUAUUCGGCCGAGGAUACUCAGAUUCACCAAGUGAUCUCCUCUACGACGACCGCCUCUACACAACGCAGAUCCUCCUCGCCCUCGCCUCAUCGCCCAUCCCAUGGACCGGCUCAUCCGCCUUCCACAUAGUAGGCUAUUCCCUCGGCGGUGCUCUCAGCGCCUCCUUCGCCGCCUACCACCCCAAUCUCCUGCGCUCCGCAACCCUCAUCUGCCCAGGCGGACUCGUCCGCCCAUCCCACGUCAGUCUCAAGUCCCGCAUCCUCUACUCGGAGGGCCUUCUCCCCUCGUGGCUCAUAAACCGCCUGGCCAGACACCGGCUGGAACCUCAACCCGGCACGGCAAGCGCAGAUGUGCCCGACCCGAGUGGCGAGGGCGACGACUUGCAAGACGUCGACUUUGACCAGGUGCCCGUUUGUGCGGAGGAUGCCACCGGCCCUAAAGUAGGCGAUGUGGUGAAGUGGCAGUUGAGAAAUAACGAGGGUUUCGUGCCUGCGUAUAUGAGCACGAUUAGAAAUGCCCCUAUUUAUGGACAGCAUGAGGGGGUGUGGAGGCGUCUGAGUGAGCAGCUUGCGUUGAGGAGGCAAGAUGGCAGGAUACCUGGUUUGGAAGGGGGGAGAAUAUGCUUGAUUCUCGCUGAGAGGGAUCCGAUCGUGGUCAAGGAGGAGUGGAUUGCGGAUUCGUUUACCGUGCUGGGCGAGGAUGCUGUGGAUAUUAGAGUCCUUAAGGGCGGUCAUGAGAUUGCUAUUUCGAAGGGGAGGGAGGUCGCUAAUGUUGCUAUGGCGGCUUGGAGACGGCAAUAG